CCAACAAGGAAAGCGCCUGUAAAUAUGUGCCGUAUAAAUACGCUCCGCGUCGGCCAUUGCUGCAGUGGUUGGGUUCCCGCCAAAGUGUCUACACUUACGGGUUUUCUAUAAACAUGGCUGUAAAAGUAUUUCUCCUCUUCGCUGCGACCGCCGCUUUGUGCGCCGCUCAGCCCGUGGACAGCAAUCUGCCGGUCCUCAAGGAGGCUCCCCGCGAAGUCACCUUCCGGGUGUCCGCCAAAGCUCACCCCUUCACCAUCCCCUGCGCCACCACCACGCCCAACGACAAAGUUGUCUACGCCUGGACGAAAAACGGCAAACCAUUCCCCGUCAACGAGAAAUCCCAAGACAUCAAAAUGCGCGCCGGCGAAGGGACUCUCAUCUUCAACAACCCCAAGGACUCGGACGAGGGCGUAUAUCAAUGCCUGGCCACGUCGACUGAAGGCGUCGCUAGUUCUAGACCCAUCAGCGUCAAGAAAACCUUCGUAGAUAUCCCGAAGUACUCCCUUCAGAAGCAUACGCCUGAAGAAGGCAAGCCGUUCAAAAUGGAAUGCUCAGUAACCAAAGCCUACCCUAAGCCGGUCAUUGAAUGGUACAGACAAGGCAAGGAUGGUAAAUACUUGGAUAUUAUGGUGAAGAGGCUGCUGGAAUCGCCUGAGGGUGACCUGUACUUUACUAAUGUGACUAGGGAAGAUGUUUCUAAGGAUGUGAAGUAUGUGUGCUUGGUUGCCACGCAGGCUGCAGAUGACAAGUUGGUCGCCGCGGAACAUAUCAUUGAGGACCUGACUCCAGCCAAGGGCCCCAAGAGCGGAGAGCUGACGCCGCAGUACCUGAGCAAGGACAUGACCGCCAAGACUGGAGACAUCGCCGUCAUGAUGUACUGCAUCUACGGUGGCACCCCCAUGGCCCACCCCGACUGGUUCAAGAUCUCCCGCGACGGAACCCGCACCAACGUGAACGGGCAGCCAGGAGACCGCGUGACGCACCGCAACCGCAGCGCGGGCCGCCGCCUCUGGAUCACCAAGGUGUUGGCCGAGGAUGACGCGACGUAUGAGUGUGUCGCGAACAAUGGUGUCGGCAAGCCGCAGAGCCAUAAGAUCAAGCUGACUGUCCAACAUGCCCCUGAGUUCACGAAGCAGCCAGAGCCCGUGAUGCUGGCCAAGGUUGGAGACGACGUCACCAUUCCCUGCAAAGUUCGCGGCGCCCAAAGAAUAUCCUGGUCGUUCAAUGGACAACCCCUUGGAGUCAAAGAGCCCACGGACACCCUGACCCUGAGCAAGGUGCAGAAGAAGGACAACGGGUACUACGCCUGCAUGGGGACCAGUGACGUCGGAGACGUCUACGCGGAGACCCUAGUGCACGUCGCUUAGAUGUUUCACUUUAACUUUAUUCUCUUGUAGUAGUACCAGGCUUGUCUCACUCCGCGAUUUCGUCGCUUUGCUACAGGUAGCUAAAAGUACAUCCGUUCCACCCCAAUUUUGGGGAAAGCCAUGAGCCGCGCGUGGCGCUGUCGCCACCUAGCGGCCAUAACUGUCCUGAUCGUAACAGACGCGUUUUGUUAGAGAGUGAGUCUUCUGUACCUAGUACUAUUAUUUAUUCUGUAGUCGUACCUAGUAGUAGUAAAACACUUUAUUUUCAAAAAAAAAAACUUAAAACAUGAAUCAUUUGUACAAAGGCUGUUGUAAAGGGUAUGUUGUUUUGGCUGUUGUUAGGUUGAUAAGUUAAAUACCGAGGCCUAUACCGUCGAGGACCUGUUUAAGACUAUGUAGGAGCAUUCCAUGAAAUUGUCUACCGUUGUCCCGUACAAACGCGAAGUUUCUGAAGAUUUAGAGGUAUAAGAGUUUCCUUUUCUAUGACAAAUGGUCAAAAAUAUGCACAGAAAUAUAAUCGCCUGCUUUAAAUGCCGAGAAAAAAGUCGCAACACAGGAAGUAAAAUGCGUUUGUACGGGAUAGCCCGUGGGUAUCGUCUUGGGUCGUCCCAUUCGUUUUUCGUCAAGUUCUUAAAUUAGUCCUAUUCUGCUUUCGUCACUCAUUCUACACACAUCACAAUCGUCGGUGGCGUUCAAUGUCGAAUGCGUGACGAAAGCAGAAUAGGACUAAUUUAAGAACUUGACGAAAAACGAAUGGGACAACCCAAGACGAUACCAGCCCGUGGAAUGCUCCUGUAGACUAUGUAGUGGUCGAGAUGCGGGAACUUAUAUGCGAGUAGCAUGUUUUAUGUUAUUUACUUGUGAGACAAAACAACUUUGAACUUUUAGUUUCGAAUUCAGUGUAUUUCAAAUUAGGAUCAAAGAUUCUCAGUCUACUUAUUUCGAAAGAGAUGUAUCAUACCAAUAAUUUAUUGACCUAACGAAGAAAAUUUUGUAUUGCUAUUUUAUAAGGAAUUUAAUAAAUAUACUUUACCAAUG